AUGACCACCCUUCUCGUCCCCUGCAACGCCACCACCACCAAACUCUUCUCCAUGCAAAACGCCUACGACUCCCCUGCCACAGACUGUGCUCCCUCCUAUCAACUCCACCUCCCCACCUCCGUCAUCCCAGAACGCUCCAUCAUCGACCAAGCUUUAGCGGAAGGCUGGUACGUCUCCACCCCGGACUUCGAAGGCUUUCAGAGCUCCUUCACCAACGGCAUCUUCUCCGGCCAAGCAGUCCUCGAUUCCCUCCGCGCCGUCUUGGCGUCGGGGGAAACCACCGGUCUUGAGGAGUCCGCGAAUGUGGUCCUGGCGGGUGGCUCCGGUGGGGCUUUGGGGAGUGAAUGGGCGUUGGAGUUGCAGGAGAGCUAUGCUCCUGAGUUGACGAUCUCCGGCGCCCUUCUCACGGCUUUGGCGCCGAAUUUGACAUCUGUUUUCCAAGCCAUAGAAGGGCAGAGUAAUUCCGCUCUAAUUCCUUCUGCAUUAUUAGGUCUGGCGAAACAGUCCAUGGAAUUAUCCGCUUGGCUUGGGGAGAAUCUCAUUCCGGAAUGUGAAGAUUCCCCAUCUUUCUUCCAAGCAGCGAGUGCGUCCUGCUACAACAAUUUCCAACAAAUCUUCGGAGCGCAAAAUGUCUCUCAGAAAUAUUUCGGCCGAGCAGACGCUCUCUUGGAUGCUAUACCACAAGCUGUACUCCGACAAGUAGGAAUCAUGGGCCAGCAUGGCAUUCCUCGCGUGCCGAUUUUCGCGUACAAGGGGACUGCGGAUGAGAUUUCUCCGGUCAAGGAUACGGAUUCUUUGGUGUUGAAGUAUUGUGGUGCUGGGGCUAAGRUUGAGUAUGUCCGGGGAGUGAAUCUUACGCAUGCGGAAUCGGGGAUUGAGGGGUUUGAGGCUGGGUGGACGUGGGUCAGGGAGAGGUUGGAUGGGGUUGAGGUUCAAGGGGGGUGUCAUUCUAAGGAUGUCGUUGUGUAG